GUUUCUGUACAGCACUUUGAGAUAUCAACUGAUGUAAGAAGGGCUAUAUAAAUAAAUGUGAUUUGACACAGACACAAGUUACCUACUAUAUUUGGGAAACAGGAUUAACACAGAGAGAUCUUGGCAAAAUACAAUGUAUGUUUGUUGUAGUACGAGUAGGCUGGUAUAUACAGUAUCAUCGGUAACAAUUCUGUACAAGCCACCUAGCUAAUAAAAUACUGGGGCUAGCUAGUUACAUUUCAAUCAUAACGAUUGCCUAAUUGAGGCGCAAUAGAGUUCACCGGCGAAUACCGGAAAUAACUAAACCAACGAACGAGAAAUGGUGGAGGCUAUCAGAAUGAAGAAACAUUUUUCCGAAUAAACGUGUAAACCAGUAAGAGAAGGACAAUCACCUCCGGACAGGAGCAGCAGACCUGAGUUAGUCGUGAGACAGAAGAUAACUUUCCAGACCAGUUCACCGUGUCAGCAGCUGUGAAGGGGGUCAAAGACUAACGGUACAGACGUCAGUUCUACGUCCACUUUGGAUUAACAUUUGUUUGAGUUGUCAACGAACCUUGAAUUCAACGUGAAAUCAACAACAAAUUUUCACCAUGUCAUUGGAUUGAGGUUAGAAGUUGGAUGAAAAAAUACUAAAUGCCCUUACAUUGGUAACUUUUUGCAAAUCUUAUCCGUUUUUCACAUUGAUUCAACGUCAUCACAUUGCUUUUUUUGUGGUUGAAAUGACGUGGAAGCAAACACACAGACUAUUUUGAUUCAAACAGUUUUUGCCUAGUGGGUCAUGUUUUCAACUUACUGAUCAACAAUGGAGACACCUGUCCCUGAGCUGCUGCUGGCCACUCUAGAGGACAACCUGUGUGAAAAAAAACUGAAGAAAUUCAAAUGGCACCUGGUCCAGGGUGUAAAAGGUUUCUCUCAACACAUCCCAAAGGCCCGGCUGGACAAAGCCGACCACCAGGACACUGUGGAUAAGAUGGUGGAGACUUACGGCCUUGAGGGCGCAAAGAUGAUCACACUGGAGGUCCUGAAGAAGAUGAAGCUGAUUGAUCUCACUAAUAUGUGGACAGAACCAGCAGCCCGGAGUAGUCCAGCAGUGGUUCAGAAAGUCAGAGAUGAACUGAAAUCGUACCUAAAGAAGAAGUAUGACCAAAUAUAUGAGGGGACGUCAAAGAAAGGGGAUUUCGUCUAUCUAAACAAGAUCUACACUGAGCUUUACGUGAUAGAUGGGGCCAUGGGAGGGGUCAGUGGGGAUCAUGAGGUCAGAUGUCUGGAUUCCAGAACACCAGCCACAGAAGAGACCGUUAAGCUCAGUGAAAUAUUCAAACCCCAGCCUGAUCAGAAGAAACGAAUCAGAACAGUGCUUUCACUGGGCAUCGCUGGCGUGGGAAAAACUGUCUCUGUACAGAAGUUUAUUCUCGACUGGACAGAAGGAAAGGAGAACCAGGACAUUGACUUCAUCAUUCCACUUCCUUUUCGCCAAAUCAAUAAAAUAAGAGAAGAAGACUGCAGUCUGAUUGACCUGCUUCAUCAGUUCUUCCCCUUCAUGGAACCAAUCAAUACUCUGGAGGAAGGUUUUAAGGUUCUGUUCAUCUUUGAUGGUCUGGAUGAGAGUCGACUCCCUCUGGCCCUUAAUCAUAAUAAAGAUGUGGCUAAAGACACAAAAACAGCUCCGCUGGACGUCCUGAUCACAAACCUCAUCACAGGACAGCUCCUCCCUUCUGCUCUCAUCUGGAUAACCUCCCGACCUGCAGCAGCCAAUCAGAUUGAUCGAAACUACAUCCACCAGUGGACUGAGAUACGAGGUUUCAAUGACCCUCAGAAGGAGGAGUACUUCAGGAAGAGAUUCUGUAAUGAUGACCAGGCCUACAGAAUCAUCAACCAUAUAAAGUCUUCAAGGAGCCUCCACAUUAUGUGUCACAUACCAGUGUUUUGUUGGAUUUCAGCCACUGUUCUGAAUGAUAUCCUGGGUAAAACAAAGAGUGGAGAGAUGCCAAAGACUCUGACUAAAAUGUACGAACACUUCCUGCUCUGCCAGACUGAUAAAAUGACAGAACAGAAGUAUCCCACAGGUAGUAAAAACGCUGUCCUUCAACUAGCAAAACUAGCAUUCUGUCAACUGCAAAAAGGACAAUUGAUUUUCUAUGAGAAAGACCUGCGAGAGAGUGGUAUUGACAUUGAGGUGGCUAUAGUGUACUCGGGUGUGUGCACUGAAAUAUUUCUGGAGGAGGAGAAAGUUUUUAGCUUUGUGCAUCUGAGUGUUCAGGAGUUCCUUGCAGCUCUAUAUGCUUACCACUGUCACACAACAGACAACAACAAUGUACUUCUCCCAAAGCUGACAAGGAAACAUUCAAUAUUUUGUUUUGAAUGUAUUCCACAGUCUUGGAAAUCUGUGUUUGACUUACAUAAGACGGCAAUCGACAAAGCCUUAGAGAGCCAGAAUGGACACUUGGACCUUUUUCUCCGCUUCCUGCUUGGUCUUUCACUGGAGUCCAAUCAGAGACUCCUGAGUGGAAUCCUACCAGAGACAAAGGACAGAGAGGACAUUGAGAAAACAGUCAGCUACAUCAAGGAAAAAAUCAGAGAGGACCUUUCUCCAGAGAAGAGCAUCAACCUGUUCCACUGUCUGAGUGAGCUGAAGAAUGAGUCUCUGGUGCUGGAGAUCCAGAACUAUCUGAGAUCGGGGAGUCUGCCAGUGAAUAACCUGUCACCUACACAGUGGUCAGCACUUACCUUUGUGUUAAUGACAUCUGAGGAAACACAAGAGGUGUUUGACCUGAAGAAAUACAUCAGAUCAGAGGAGGGCCUCCUGAAGCUGUUGGCAGUCAUCACCUCCUGCAGGUGUGCUCUACUAGAUAGCUGUAACCUUACAGCAAGAUGCUGUGAAAUGUUGGCAAAAGCUAUCGGCUCAAACUCCUCUUACAUGAGAGAGCUGGACCUGAGUGACAAUGACCUACAGGAUUCAGGAGUGAAACUGCUCUCUGCUGGGCUGAGGAGUCCAAUCUGCAAACUGGAGACACUAAGACUGAAUAGAUGUAACCUCACAAAGAACUGCUGUGUAGCAUUGGCCUCAGCUCUGACUGCGAGGUCAAACACCUCACACCUAAGGAAGCUGGACCUGAGUGACAACAAUCUACAAGACUCAGGGGUCCAGAAGCUUUCUGAUAGACUGAAUGAUCCACAAUGCAAACUGGAGACACUGGGGUUGUCGCUCUGCGGAGUCACCGAGAAAGGCUGUGCUUAUCUGGCUUCAGCUCUGAGGUCAAACCCGUCCCACCUGAAAGAGCUGGACCUGAGCUACAAUCACCCAGGAGAUUCAGGAGUAAAGCUGCUCUCUGCUGGACAACAUACAGUCAGGUUUCACCCUGGGGGAGAAUACUGGUUCAGCGUUAGAUAUGCCUGUAACCUCACACUGGACCCAAACACAACGUUCAGAAAUCUAUCUUUGUCUGAGGAGAACAGGAAGGUGACAUGGGUAACCACGAAGCAGCCAUACCCUGAUCACCCUGAGAGAUUUCACUACUAUGCACAGGUGCUGUGUAGAGAGGGUCUGACUGGCCGCUGCUACUGGGAGGUCGAGUGGAGUGGGAAUAGGGUUGAAAUAGGUAUGACAUAUAAAGGAAUCAGCAGAAGAGGACAGGUAGAUGACUGUGUUUUGGGACACAAUGACAAAUCCUGGUGUCUAGAUUGUGAUGGUAACCAAUACACUGCCUGGCACAAUGAUGAGGACACUGCCAUAUCUGUCUCCUCUCGCUCCAACAGAGUAGGAGUGUCUCUGAUUUGGUCGGACGGCAGUUUGUCCUUCUAUAGCAUCUCUUCUUCUAACACAUUGACACACCUGUACACAUUCCAUACCAAAUUCACCGAGCCCCUCUACCCAGGGUUUUAUAUUACAAACAACUCUUCAGUGACUUUGUGUCAUAGAUACCGAAUGAGAAGUUCCCAGGCUCAAUUUCCACCGCAUAUAGGCAAGAGCCUGAUAGACUAUGCAACAGAGUGAGACUUGAAAGGAGCGCACCUUAAAAUUGUGGUGGGAGAGAGAACCUGCUACAGUUGUUUAGAUGGGAUUUUGAAAAUGAAGAUUCUGAGUUUAUAAAGUGAAAACGAUUUCUAAGAUGCAUACUUUCACAUAUAAUUAAGUCCUGCAUUCAGACACGAGUCCUGCAUUCGGACACGAGUCCUGCAUUCAGAUACGAGUCCUGCAUUCGGACACGAGUCCUGCAUUCAGACACGAGUGCCAGAAAUGUUCCAAAAAGCGGAAUCUGCAUUGAUUACCAUGGAGAGUGGAUGUUCCUAUUCCGCUUUGUCCGGUGGAGCGGGCCAGAGGCUCCUUUCAAGUCCUGUUUUGAGGCCUUGUGAAACCAGAGGGUUCCAGAGAGCCGGCUGGGUGGAGGAGCACUAUCUGUUGGAUGUAGGCCCACAGGAUGUAGGCCCACAGGAUGUAGGCCCCUCUCCUCUGUGUAGUUCCAGUUACACUCUAACUGGAAUGUCAGCUGCAGGACAGCAAAACUAGGGGCUUGUGGAAUGGAAUGUCAGCUGCAGGACAGCAAAACUAGGGGCUUGUGGAAUGGAAUGUCAGCUGCAGGAUAGCAAAACUAGGGGCUUGUGGAAUGUCAGCUGCAGGACAGCAAAACUAGGGGCUUGUGGAAUGUCAGCUGCAGGACAGCAAAACUAGGGGCUUGUGGAAUGGAAUAGAGCUGAUCACAGGCUAUGGGAUCAAAUGCAAGUCUGAAUGAGCAGGACUUGUCCACACUACUCUCUCUAUAUGAUGAAUGAUAAUGUUAAUCUCAGCCCACCCAUAGCUGUCACUAUUGAUGAGGAAACACACCAAUCUAGGUGCUUUAAACCAAAUACAGCAUCUCACAAAGCACCUGUGGUUUAACCCCAUCAGGACCUCACAAAGCACCUGUGGUUUAACCCCAUCAGGACCUCACAAAGCACCUGUGGUUUAACCCCAUCAGGACCUCACAAAGCACCUGUGGUUUAACCCCAUCAGGACCUCACAAAGCACUGGUGGUUUAACCCCAUCAGGACCUCACAAAGCACCUGUGGUUUAACCCCAUCAGGACCUCACAAAGCACUGGUGGUUUAACCCCAUCAGGACCUCACAAAGCACCUGUGGUUUAACCCCAUCAGGACCUCACAAAGCACCUGCGGUUUAAACCACAGGUGCUUUGUGAGGUACUUCAUUACAUACAUGUUACUCUUGUUACUCUUUUUAUGUCAAAUAUCCCAGUAGGUGCAAAACACCAUGCAUAAAUCAAAUCAAAUCAAAUGUAUUUAUAUAGACCUUCGUACAUCAGCUGAUAUCUCAAAGUGCUGUACAGAAACCCAGCCUAAAACCCCAAACAGCAAGCAAUGCAGGUGUAGAAGCACGCAUGCAUAGUCAUGUGAAGUGUCAGUCUGUAAAAAGGCAAAUGCAGGGCAGCAAUUCAGGCCAAUAGCGCUGACCUCAGUCACAGAUCAUGAAGUGUUUUGAGAAGGUUGUUCAGGAGCAAGUCUGUGCUUUCCAGGACCCUCUACAAUAUGCCUACAGGAAAAAGAUAGGGGUUGAUUACCCUUUGCCCUGUUUUUGUUUAUCUAUUUUAAACAAUGUUUAUUUUUUUUGACAACCAUAUUUCAGGUGUGGCGACUUAAGGUGGACACAUAGCUGCAUACAAGAACGCCAUUAGACAAGGACAGAACUACAUGCCUUUUUAAACAUUUACACGCAGCCUACAUAUCAAUGGAUGCACACUUUUCCAUUGAUUCUAUUGGAUUUAGUCUAUUCCAGUGAAUAUUUUGGCUCUUAUAGACUAUAUUAUACAGAGUCUCUUAUGAACAUCAUGAAGUUGUACUUGUUUCAUCAGUCACUAGUACUCUGGUCGUUGUCUUUGCUGGUGACAUCACAUUUCUCCUCUGGGGAUUAAUUAAUCUCUCGUUAACAGACGUUCCAUUUCUACAAUUACGCAAGAUUUUAGUUCUGGGUUAGGGAUGAAUUAAUGUAACAGGACUGUGUCCAUGUCCAUCUCUGAUGCUAUCUGGUGAGUGCAAUUUGAUUACCUGUUUGUUGUGAAUAAAAAUGGCUGACCAAAUGGAAGCGUUGAACUAUCCAGGGAAAUUUAAAUAGAUUUAGCAAUAGGGGGGGAAAAAAUGGUAUUACGCGACACUUGAUGUGACGUCACAGAGGACAAAACAAUCGAUUUGAAAAAUGUCUGUUCUGUUUAUCUGAAAUAAAUCAUAUUUAACAAUGUAA